GCCGAGAGGGAGAUUCCCAAAGGCCCACCCCUCCCCUCUCCUGCUCUGCACAAUCAGAGCCAAGCAUCAGUUCGCAAGUCCGGAAAUCAGACCCAGCGACAUUUAGUACGGGCCCACAUGGGACAUCACAGCAUAAGAGCAAGCAUGAUUCUGCAGCUCGCCAUGGUUCGAUCGAUAGCUCUCGCCCCCUCGAUAUUUAAACCCUUCGAGUACCACCAGUCAAGUCUACAAGACCGACGCUUCUUUUCAUCAUCUGCACCUGAAACUCACACUUCCAUUUCCUCCUGUCGUCGCGAGCUUAGCUUCACGUGGUUUCUCUCGCUCAUCUCCAAGACAGCACCGUGGCCGUUCCUCGUUGUUGAUCCGCCGUCGAUCCUAGUUAAUCCAUAACGAGCCCCUCAUGAGUCCUAGGCCUUGUCCUCGGGGCCCAUUGCAGCCGCAAAUGGUCGUGCCGUCGCCUAUCACAGCCGCGUUUGCUGGCGACUCUAACGAGGGCUCUAAUGCGUUCUCUCAUGCCACCGGUGGAGCUUCCGUUCCAUUUUGGAGUGCUCCCAGGCGCGCCGACAGGGUGGGCAAGGGCGCCAAAGGUGGGCCGCAGAACGCGCUGCACGGCUUCCGCGGGGUGCGGCAGCGCAGCUGGGGCAAGUGGGUGGCGGAGAUCCGCGCUCCGCGCAGCAAGAAGCGCAUCUGGCUGGGGUCGUUUGCGGACGCGCAGACUGCCGCGCUGACGUACGACCGCGCUGCGCGGAAGCUGUACGGGCCGCGCGCACAGCUCAACUUCUGCGAUGGCGGGGAAACGCCAAUUUCCGCCAGCAGCCCUGCUCACGGUGCAAGCGCGCACGCCGCCGACGCCCGCAGCGGGUUGAUCAGCAGCGGAAGUGGCAGCGGGAGUGCGAGCGACAGCGAAGGAGGCGCGUCAGCAAACUUGAUCACCGGCACCGGAGGCAGUGGGAGGGCGAGCUCUAUCGGCACGUCUGCGCCCGUGCCGCGGUGCGCCUCGGAGAACGAUGGCGUGGCGCCGAUGCCGUUGGCGGAGUUUGGGCUUAUGAACGCCAUGGCGACGUUAAGGAGCGAGACGGAGCCUGUGCACAGCGCCGUUAGUGCCAUGAUGGGUUCCAGGUCCGUGGCGUUCAACACAGGAGCUGUCGCUGCAACAAGGUGUGACUAUGGCGGAGCUCUCCCCAGCAUGACUUUCCAAGAGAUCUUCAGCCGCUCCUGCCCGCCCCUCUCGGCCCCUGCUGCGGCGUCCACUGCCCACAAUCCUCCUUCGUUGUCAGCACCCAGCGCGCUCGGGCCUCGAGUGGAGAGGCAGGGCAUGUGGCAAGGCCCGGUUCAGUCAUUCCGCACGCCCGCGGGGAGCGCGGGGUGCAUGGACCCAUCUGCUGAGCGUUGGAAGCCAAAUUUCCAGGUCGAGGAAUCCGUGGCGUGCUCUGGUUGGAGCCAUGGCGGCGCUGCUACUCGCAACAUUGUAACGAGUAACCGAGCUGAGGGUCAGGGAGCCUUCGCACUCGCAGGCAGUGAGGAGGCGAACAUGAGGUAUCCUGCAUGCCCGGCUGUCUUACCCGCCCAGCUGAGUCCGCAACAUUCGCUGGCAGUGCAUGGGGGUCUUGUUCCGUACAGCAGUAUUUUUGCAAGCCCCCCAGUCAUGCCGGUAUCAGGUGCUGAAAUGCCAGGAAUGCACGUGCCAUGGGUGUCUGCUCCGACAUUGCCCUCGGUGCAGGAGAGAGCAAUGAUGCAGGCGUUGAGGGAGAGCAGGGCGCAGCUGGUGAGGGAGCAGAUGGGCGGCAGUGGGAGUGCUGGGAGUGCUGGCAACAUGGCGUGGAAUGGCAGAGGCAUGCAAGGCGCAGACGCAGUGCAAGCGGGGGGGGCAGGCAUGGAGCAUGCGGUGCUGGAUGCAGCAGCCAUUGAGUGCAUGCUGCAGAUCUCAGAAGCCAUGCUCGGCCCUGCUGGCUCUGUUGGCGCUGGUGCUUCUGAUGGCCCUGAUGCUGCUGUGUUGGGGAAACAUCUUCAGCUGCCUCCAUGCGAUUAUCAAUGUCCUGCUGCUGCAGUGACUGAUGCUGCUACUCACCCGGUGCCGGAUGAUGCUGCUGCUUGUGCGGCACUAGGCGGAAGGGUUGCUGAUUUGGUGCCCACUGUUACUUCCAGCAUGGGUGGGGAAUUCUUGAUGUCUAACAACCAGGGCUUGCCAUCACCUGCAGCAUUCUUGGGUUCGGUUGACCAGCCAUCCAAGGGUCUUGCUCUUGAUGUUUUGCUUGAGGACCAGCCAAGCUUUGAGGAGCUGCUGUCCCCAAUGUCCAGGCUCUGGUAGUCCAUUUAAUGUGCAGAAUGCGCUAUUCCAUCUUGUACAUAUUUAUUUCAACAAACUGCUUCAACUUCUCACGUUUUAGAGCAUUCCAUGUAGCUCCCAACCUAGAGCUGGUUUAUUCAGGUGUGUUAGAACCUAGUGACACCGCACCGCACACCACGCAGAACCAG